GCUUCUCCCCAGUAUGAAUCUUUUGGUGUGAGAUAAGAUUAGUUUUCUGUGCAAAAGAUUUAUCACAUUCGGAACACUGAUAUGGCUUCUCUCCAGUGUGAAUCUUCUGGUGUGUGAUAAGACUUGACUUCACUGUAAAAGCUUUAUCACAUUCAGAACACUGAUAUGGCUUCUCUCCAGUAUGAACCCAUUGGUGUUCGAUUAGCUGUGCCUUCCGUAGAAAAUCCUUGUCACAUUUGGAGCACUGAAAUGGUUUCUCUUCAGUGUGAAUCAUCUUGUGUAUUUUAAGACCUUCCUUAUGUUUAAAGGUUUUGUCACAUUCAGAACACUGAUAUGGCUUCUCUCCAGUGUGGCCCCUCUGGUGUCUGAUAAGAUCUGCCUUCACUAUAAAAGCUUUGUCACAUUCAGAACACUGAUUUGGCUUCUCUUCGGUGUGAAUCUUUUUGUGUUUUAUAAGAUUACCCUUUGUUGUAAAAGGUUUGUCACAUUCAGAACACUGAAAUGGUUUCUCACCAGUGUCCGUCUCCUGCUGUGUGAUGCGUUUUGCCUUCAUUGUAAAACCUUUCACUUUCCAAAGAAGAAGUAACUUUUAAAAUGACUCCUCUUAUGUUGAAAUUACUUCUCUCCUGU